UUUCGCGCUCAGUUGAAUCAGUGUUAUUGAAAUGCACGUGUGAUUUAAUUACAGAAUGGAUUUAAAUAGGAACAGAAGUGACAGAGAGAUAAGAAGAGAUGAACUACCGAAUGGAAGGACACAUUUGAUGGAUGAACAGCUGAAAUUUCUGAUAAUUGGAGAUUUUGGUGUUGGUAAAACUGCUAUAGUCCGCAGAUAUGUCGAUGGAAGAUUUUCUUCAAACUAUAAAAUUACUAUAGGUGCAGAUUUUACUUUGAAGACUGUCCUUUGGAAUGGCGAAACAAGAAUUAAUGUACAACUUUGGGAUAUAGCCGGUCAUGAAAGAUUCGGCUAUAUGACAAGAGUCUACUACAAAUCCGCAGUUGGGGCCGUUGUGGUAUUUGAUCUGACAAGAAGUGCUACAAUACAAUCUGUUACAAAGGGAAAGCAUUUGAUUUCCUGAUCACUCGAGCGCUGCAGACUAAAGUGCCUGAUCCAAUCUACAAGGAAAAUAUUAUUUUAAAUCAGAAAACAAUUUUUGAUAAAAAGAUCUACAACAGAAAGCGAGGCUGUUGCCACUGACUGGGGUUAUGCAGUUCAACAUUUCAACACCCUGGCUACAUACACUUCUAGGCAUAACUUUUUUCAUAAGAACCCACCAAAUACUAUUUUUUUAUGAUUUUUUACAUUUGUAUCCAUAUUCUGUAUAAAUUAGUUUAGAAAUAUUACAUGUUAAUGAGUGAAAAGUACGAGGGGCCUUUCAAUAGCACUGCAGUUGGCGAGUACACCGUAAAAGAGGUGGCACGCCGCUUAUAGUCCUCGCCACCCUAACUUGAGGCAGCCCAAACUAACCUGCAGGCAGAUCCCACACGACCCAUUUACAUUUACGAUCUUAUUUGCAACACUUCCAUGAACGCCAGAGCGCGAUAGUUCAAUAAUAACAUUAAUAA